CGUAAAUUUUCAAAGCAUGAGUUGUGUAAGGUGAAGUUGUUGUUUUUUUUAACCAAAUAAUAUAACUGUGCUGAAUACUGUCAUAUCUCGGCAGCAAAGCCACACUAGUGACACCUUUUCACACGACAAAGCUGUCGGACAUACUGCAGUGAUGUGGAGUUCAGGUCUGGUGUUUCUCCUGGUUGGACUACAGUGCCACGCCCAGAACUCUGAGCCCAUGUUUCAGGUUGUAACCCAGACAAUGCUUCCCCCUGAUGGACUGCACAAUCCAACACAGCUCAACUAUGGGAUGGCUGUAACAGAUGUGGAUGGUGAUGGUGACCUGGAGGUGGUGGUGGCUGGGUACAACGGGCCCAACCUGGUGCUGAAGUAUGAUCCCACACAAAAACGGCUGUUAAAUAUUGCUGUUGAUGACAGUAACUCUCCAUACUAUGCCCUGAGAGACCCAGCAGGAAACGCCAUUGGAGUUACUGCAUGUGAUGUGGAUGGAGAUGGACGUGAAGAAAUCUACUUCCUCAAUACAAACAAUGCCUACUCUGGACGGGCAACUUAUUCAGACAAGUUAUUCAAGUUCCGUAAUGGCCGCUUUGAGGAUUUGCUCAGUGAUGAGCUCAAUGUGCGUCGUGGUGUGGCUAAUCAUAUGGCAGGACGUUCCGUUGCAUGUGUUGACAGGAAGGGAACUGGCCGUUAUUCAGUUUACGUGGCCAACUAUGCCAGUGGCAACGUUGGCCCACACGCUCUCUUAGAGAUGGAUGAGGCUGCCAGUGAUCUGACCAAAGGUAUCAUCGCUCUGUCUGAUGUAGCUGCUGUGGCUGGAGUCAACAAGUUCACAGGCGGUCGCGGUGUGGUGGUUGGACCGAUCCUCAGCCAGUCCAGGUCUGACAUCUUCUGUGAUAAUGAGAAUGGAAACAACUUCUUGUUCAAGAACAGUGGAGAUGGGACUUUUGUCGAUGUGGCCAAAAAAGCAGGUGUGGAGGACCGCUACCAGCAUGGCAGAGGAGUAGCACUAGCUGACUUUAAUGGUGAUGGAAAGACAGACAUCGUGUAUGGCAACUGGAACGGUCCACACAGACUGUAUCUGCAGGGCAGCAACUCUGCAUUCAGGAACAUAGCCACUGGGGGAUUUGCUGCCCCCUCCCCAAUUCGAACAGUCAUCGCUGCUGACUUCGACAAUGACAAGGAGCUGGAAGUGUUUUUCAACAAUAUUGCCUACAGAGGCAAUGCCCCCAACAGACUGUUCAGGGUGUCUAGAAGAGCGAAUGCUGACCCUUUGAUCCAGGAGCUUAACGUGGGUGAUGCUGCAGAGCCACAGGGGCGAGGAACAGGUGGUACUGUGACAGACGUGGAUGGGGAUGGGCAGCUGGACCUGCUGCUGGCACAUGGAGAGAGCGCCCAGCAGCCAAUAUCUGUCUUCAAGGUCACACAGGGCUCAUCCAAUAACUGGCUGCGGGUCAUCCCUCGUACCCAGUUUGGCUCUUUUGCCCGUGGUGCCAAAGUUACAGCCUUCACCAGUAGGAGUGGAGCUCACAUACGCAUCAUUGAUGGAGGCUCAGGAUACUUGUGUGAAAUGGAGCCUGUCGCCCAUUUUGGUUUAGGGAAUGAUGAGGUGAAGGUAUUGGAGGUCUCCUGGCCAGACGGCAGCUCCACCACUCGAACCCUUCAGCCUGGAGAAAUGAACUCAGUGGUAGAAGUCGCAUAUCCCACUGAGGGAGAAACGUCUGCGCUCACUAAUGACACUCAGUGUGGUGAAGGUUUUACUGUGAGGAAUGGCCGCUGCACUGCGUUGGCUCCAUUUUUCAUCAGUCUCCACUCCACCUCUGUCUCCUUGACCGAAGCCUCCUGCUUUAGAACUGUUUUAUUGCACUGUGUGUUGGUUCUGUCUGCACUGGCAGAUCUGACCUGAUGGUAUCCUUCAGGGUAAAACUAAUAGACUGCAUUUUCAGACAGCAUAUUUAGCAAAUCCAGCUCUGCACACUUCUGCUAAAGAUCAGAGUUUGAUGUUUUCAGUUCAAUCGGUAACUGCCUCCUCACAGAUACCAUCUUGUGUACAAGCCCCUGUUUGCUCUGUAACCUGCAUGUGCAUGUGGUCAUUUUUCCAUAUUUAAGGGUCAGUAUCAUGCUUUCUUCCACAUGAAGAAACAAAGCCUGCCUCAAUAUUAUAUCCGCCAUUUUUAUUAUUGUAAUUAAAGCCCUGA